UAUACAAUUAUAUGUCCUUCCCAGGAAACCAGCCGAUACACCCGUGACCCAAAUGGAACGCAUCCUGGGGCGGACUCGUGGAUCAUCGGACUCUGUCGGCUGUUCCCGGUGAUCUCGGUCGGUUAGCUAGCCGAGCUGAUUAGCCCGCUGCUACAACAAGCUAAUGUUUGUGGGGUAUUUAUUGUGAGCUGAAUUCGAGUGGAUGAUACAAAGAGUAUAGAAAAUAUGGCGGACGUCGAGGGGCAAGGGGUUUGUUCAUCGGUCCCUCCAUUGCCUCGCCCUUCUUCUCGCAGCGGCUCCGGUAGCGGUGACGUUACACCGGGAACCGGCGGCGGCGGCGGCGGCUGCCAGACUGCAACCACCGUGACUUCAGGCCCGCGGCUCGUCCGGAUAGUGAAGUCCGACUCGGGCUAUGGUUUCAAUGUCCGGGGACAAGUCAGCGAGGGCGGGCAACUACGGAGCAUUAACGGGGAGCUGUACCCUCCGCUGCAGCAUGUCAGUGCCGUCCUACCGGGAGGAGCGGCGGACAGAGCCGGUAUCUCGAAGGGGGACCGGAUCCUUGAGGUAAAUGGUGUGAAUGUAGAGGGAGCGACCCACAAGCAGGUGGUGGACCUGAUCCGGGCUGGAGAGAGGGAGCUGGUGCUGGCCGUGCUGUCUGUCCCACCCCAGGAGGCCGACUGCUUGGAUCCCGGAGACGACAUUUCAGCCCAGUCGUGCUACGACUACUCCGACAAGCAGGCCGUCCCUAUUUCUGUGCCGAGCUACAAACACACUGAGCUUAACCAGGAAAAGUUUGUGGUAUACAAUGUGUACAUGGCAGGCAGGCAGCUGUGCUCCAAGCGUUACCGUGAGUUUGUGAUCCUACACCAAAACCUGAAGAGGGAGUUUGCCAACUUUACGUUCCCCAAGCUGCCUGGGAAAUGGCCCUUUUCCCUGUCAGAGCAGCAGCUGGACGCACGACGCAGAGGCCUCGAAGAAUACCUGGAGAAAGUGUGCUCUGUACGGGUAAUUGGAGAAAGUGACAUCAUGCAGGAGUUCCUGUCUGAAUCAGACGAGAACUAUAAUGGCGUAUCAGAUGUGGAGUUGAGAAUAGCCAUGCCCGACAAAACCACGCUCACCGUUAGAGUUUGCAAAAAUUCUACUACAGACCAGGUCUACCAGGCUGUGGUAAUGAAACUGGGGAUGGACGGUGUAACAGCCAGCUAUUUUGCUCUGUUUGAGGUCAUCAACCACACCUUUGUGCGUAAGCUGGCCCCCAACGAGUUCCCCCACAAACUGUAUGUACAGAACUAUACCUCAGCCAUCCCAGGAACCUGCCUCACCCUGCGCAAGUGGCUUUUCACUACAGAAGAGGAGAUUCUGCUCAAUGACAACCAGCUUGCUGUCAACUACUUCUUUCACCAGGCUGUUGAUGAUGUGAAGAAAGGCUUCAUAAAAGCAGAGCAGAAGUCUUACCAGCUGCAGAAGCUUGCUGAGCAGAAGAAGCUGUCCAUGUAUAUGAGUUUGUUGAGGGAUUGCGAGGGCUACAAUGAGAUCAUUUUCCCACACUGUUCCUGCGACUCCCGACGCAAAGGCCACGUCAUCACAGCCAUCAGCAUCCACCACUUCAAGCUGCACGCUUGCACCGAGGAAGGGACACUCGAGAACCAGGUGAUUGCAUUUGAUUGGGGGGAGAUGCAGAGGUGGGACACAGAUGAGGAGGGCAUGGCCUUCUGCUUUGAAUAUGCACGAGGAGAGAAGAAACCACGCUGGGUCAAGAUAUUUACACCCUAUUUUAACUACAUGCAUGAGUGCUUCGAGAGAGUCUUCUGUGAGCUGAAGUGGAGGAUGGAGGUGGAAGAGGAGGCUGCAGACAAGGACAAUAAGAACUGCAGUAAAGAUGGUAUGUGUGGCAAGAAUAUUUUCCAGCUGCUGAGGCACAGAAGGGAUGGAGGCACCUAGGAAGGGAGAUUGUUACCUCUUAACUAGACACCCUCCUCACCGACUCGGCUCAGUUCAGCCCUCAUCUAGCCACAGACCCAGCAACACUCCGCUAUUAACUACAUGGUCAUCAUUUGUACUCCAUCAGCUACAACCUCAGAAGCUUCCCCCCCGAGACAUGCAAACCAACAAGCACCUGCAAAUGAACAAAUCAAAUAAAACAAAGCAUAAAAAGCUACAGACACGUCAACCAGAACUCUUGAAUCAAGCGCACCAAAAUCAUGCAUUAAAGCAGAGCUCUGUAAAAAAAAAAAAAAAAAAAAAAA